UUGGGACUAAAAACAUUACAUAGGCCUUGGUUGGGGCGCCGUUUUCUUACUUUUAUUAAACCUGGGCAGUUUCUCGGGAUAAUAAUUUUCACUACUGAAGAUGGAACAAAAAAUUAUCCGGGUAGGGUCCAGGAAGAGUCAGUUGGCGAUGAUUCAGACCAAUACUGUUAUAGAGAGCCUGUCUGCGGCGCACCCCGGGGUCUCCUUUCAAGUUGUUUCUAUGGAAACUAUCGGAGACAAGAUCCAGGAUGUUGCUUUACCUAAGAUUGGCAUCUCUGGGGUGUUCACCAAGGAGCUAGACGCAGCCCUUCUCUUAAAUCACGUGGAUAUCGUCGUCCACUCCAUGAAGGACUGCCCGGCUCUGCUUCCUGAUAACCUGGUUAUAGGAUCCAUAAUCAAGAGAGACAGUCCUUAUGACGUUGUGGUGAUGAGCCUUAAAAACAAGGGGAAAACUCUAGCCGAACUCCCAGAGGGCAGUGUGGUGGGGACGAGCUCUCUGCGACGUGUUGCACAAGUCUCACGAAUACAUCCUCAUCUAAAGUUUGAGAGCAUUAGAGGGAGUUUGAACUCUCGCCUUGAGAAGCUUGAUGAAGGAGAUAAAUAUGCUGCACUGAUCCUAGCUGAGGCCGGACUCUCCAGAAUGGGGUGGGAGAACAGACUGUCUGAGAGACUGGCAGAUAGUGGAUGCUUGUAUGCAGUAAGCCAAGGAGCCAUUGGGGUAGAAUGCCGAGCAGACGACAAAGUAACGUUGUCUUUGCUGGACUCCAUCGCUGAUAGAGAGACAACACUGCAGUGUGUCGCAGAAAGGUCCUUUAUUAGGAACUUGGGCGUAGGCUACAAGGCACCCGUGUGCGUUCACUGUGAAAUCACACGUGAUGAGAUACAUUUACGUGGUGCGGUUUACAGUCUGGACGGACAUGAAACACAGGUACUGGACACAAGAGCUCUUCUCCACCCGGACGGACAGAGAACUGCGAAAGGGGAGCAGAUGCCCGCUAACAGUUCCUCCUUCAUGUCGAUAGCAGUGGGCAAUACCGCCACGAGAGAGGAGAUGUCUGUAGCUCAGCGUAUAGGACUCAAACUGGCUGAAGAAUUUCUAAAAUCUAAUGCCAAAGAUGUAUUGAUGACCGCCAAAGUUUCCACCGAAAAUUCUAUACUGCAGGAGCGAUCCCGGCGUGAGCUUGUGGCCUAGUCUCUCCGAGACUCGAUUGUCCGUACGACUUGUGUGAACAUCAUUUACAAUCUAAAUGCGUGAUAUCAGAUCUUAUAUUAAACUGUAAUAUAUAACAUAUUUGUAAAUCAAAAUUUGCAUGCAUUAUUAUUAAUAGUGUUUAAAGUUUUUUUGUGAAAAUAUAUUGACUUUAUCAAAUAUAGACUUGUAUUAUUAGUAAAUAAAUGUUGAAAAUGUC